AGCGUCUACGGCACCGGAUUUCCACCUCCAUGGGGCCGCAGGCCCAUACGUGAGCACCUAAAGACGUGGCCAUGGCCGAGGGGAGUGAGCUGAUGAACAGGCUCAUGAGUGAGAAUGCAGACCUGAAGAAGCAGGUGCGCCUCAUGAAGGAGAACCAGAUGCUGAAGCGUCUGCUCAGCGAGAGCUGCCAGGAGCGCUUGGGCCUUGGGAGCCGGGACCUGCUCUUCCCCAAGGCACCCGCCUACCCCGAGGACAGCUCCCCUGGGAGCGCAGGUGCAGACUUUGGAAGGUUCAGUGGCGUCCCUGAUGCACCCUCCCAGCUGCAGACGUCCUCCCUGGAGGACCUGCUGUGCUCACAUGCCCCCAUCUCCAGUGAGGAUGACGCCUCCCCUGGCUGUGCCACCUCCUCCCACGUGCCCUUCAAGGCUUUCCUCAGCCCCCCAGAGCUGCGUGCACCCCGAGGCACUGACAGGAAGCUGUCCCCGCUCCUGAACCCCUUGCAGGACCCGCUGGCAGACAAGACCCUGCUGGAGCCCAGGGAGAUGGUCCGGCCCAAGAAAGUGUGCUUCUCAGAGAGCAGCCUGCCGUCUGGGGACAGGACGAGAAGGAGCUACUACCUUAACGAGAUCCAGGGCUUCUCCAGCGCUGAGAAGGACGGGCGCAUCGUCGGGGAGAUCGCCUUCCAGCUGGACCGGCGCAUCCUGGCCUAUGUCUUCCCGGGAGUGACCAGGCUGUAUGGCUUCACCGUGUCCAACAUCCCUGAGAAGAUCAAGCAGACGUCCAUCAAGUCCCUGGACGGGUCGGUGGACGAGAAGAAGCUUCGUGAGCUGACACACCGCUACCUGAUGCUGACCGCGCGCCUGGAGAGGCUGGGUUACAACCGUGAGGUGCACCCGGUGUUCAGCGAGUUCCUCAUCAACACCUACGGCAUCCUGAAGCAGCGGCCCGACCUGCGCGCCGACCCGCUGCACAGCAGCCCGGCCACGCUGCGCAAGCUGGUCAUCGACGUGGUGCCCCCCAAGUUCCUGGGCGACGCGCUGCUGCUGCUCACCUGCCUGUGUGAGCUCUCCAAGGAGGACCGCAAGCCGCUCUUCGCCUGGUGAGCCCGCCCGCACCCGCCGUGCCUUGCCUGCAAUAAACAUGUUUGUUCCAAACCCGGGGGCCACGUGCCUCCUGCGUGUCCCCUCCGGCCCGGGGCAGGGGCCCAGUCUGCCGACAGGGCGCCCGGGGCCACAGGCGCCUCUCACCAACCGGGCCGCGCCCCGGGCACCCGGCCCGCCCGCCGCCCACCCCUGCGCGGCACUGUGGCACUUUAUUAAAAUCAUCUGUUUUCCUGUGUA